UACAUCUGUCAUCACUGCCUUGUAUGAGGGAAAAUGGACCAUGCUUUCAUUUAAGCAGAAGGAAUUUUGUCCAGUAUCUCUUUGGAGUCUUCCUAAUUUGCAUGUGUAAUAAGUUUCUUUUGUUAUCCUCGUCUAAAGAAAGACAAUUGACUCAUCAGUCAAACUGGAAGCAACAAUGGGUGUAUGUUCACGUGAUCUUAUAUGACUGAAGAAGGACUGAAAGUAUUUUGACACGGACAGCCAGCUUCUGGAAGGCAUGGGGCUGGGAGAGAAGAGCGCAGCUUCAUUCGAUGGUGGUCCCAAGGUUUCCACGCUCUCAAGCAAGUGCACUGGAGUUCUUGUGCUUCUCCUGUUUGGAAUCUGGGGAGCUAAGACCCAAAGUGAAUUUGAAACUUCAUCCAUAUAUUUGUGGAAGACCGGUCCAUGGGGAAGGUGCAUGGGAGAUGAAUGUGGCCCAGGAGGCACCCAGACCCGAGCCAUCUGGUGCGCCCACGUGGAAGGAUGGACCACGCUGCUUACAAACUGCAAGCAGACGGAGAGGCCGGACAACCAACAGAACUGUUUCAGGGUUUGUGAUUGGCACAAGGAAUUGUAUGACUGGCAGUUGGGCCAGUGGAACCAGUGCCAGCCCGUUCUUUCAAGGAAUGUUGAAAAGCCCGCGGAGUGCGUCAAGGGGGAAGAGGGGAUUCAAAGGAGGGAUGUGACUUGUGUCCAAAAAGCAAAUGGCGUCAUAGCCGAGGAUGCCAUAUGCGAGUACUUUGAGCCAAAACCUCAACUAGAACAGGGAUGCCUCAUUCCUUGCCGACAGGACUGCAUUGUCUCUGAGUUCUCGGCCUGGUCGGAGUGUUCCAAGAGCUGUGGCAAAGGGCUGGCCUAUCGCUUUCGCCAAAUUGUUGCUCCACCCCGGUAUGGGGGCUCGGCCUGUCCUAACCUGACUGAUUUUCAGGUUUGCAACUUGCCCUUGUGCUCGACUGAAGAAAGCCUGUACAGCCUGAAUGUGGGGCCAUGGAGUAGCUGUUCGGUGCCCCACACACGGCACAUAAGGCAGGCGAGGAAACGCGGGAAGAACAAAGAAAAGGAAAAAGAGAAGGGCAAAGACAAGGAGAAAGCAAUCAGGGAUCCAGAGGCCCGGGAGCUCAUUAAGAAGAAGAGGAAUCGUAACAGACAGAACAGGCAGGAGAACAAAUAUUGGGACAUACAAAUUGGAUACCAGACAAGGCAGGUGAUGUGCACUCACAGGAACGGAAAGACUGUUGCCUUGAGCUUUUGUCAGCAAGAGAAGUUGCCAAUCACCUACCAGUCUUGUGUGAUUACUAAGGACUGCCAAGUGUCAGAAUGGUCUGACUGGAGCCCAUGUUCCAAAGCCUGUUUUGAUCUGACAUCCCCUAAAGGAAAUCGUACAAGAACGCGGGCCAUAAAGCAGUUUCCUAUUGGCAGUGAAAACGAGUGUCCAGAGCUGGAAGAAGCUGAGCAGUGUGUAUCUCAAGGAGAUGGGGUAGCUCCAUGUAUCACAUAUGGCUGGAGAACCACAGAGUGGACAGAGUGUCGCAUUGACCCUUUGCUUAGCCAGCAGGACAAACGGCGAGGGAAUCAAACUGCCCUCUGUGGAGGCGGCAUCCAGACCCGGGAGGUAUAUUGUGUCCACGCUAAUGAAAAUCUCCUCUCCUAUUUGAAUACUCUCAAGGAAAAAGAAGAAAGUCAGUCACAGAGCACAUCGAAGGCUAGUGCUGCACCACUUCUAUCCAUCACAUUUGAAAUAACAGCAUCCAAACCCGUGGACUGGAAACUGUGCACAGGCCCUACUCCUAGCACAACUCAAUUGUGUCAUAUCCCAUGUCCCAUAGAGUGUGAGGUAUCAGCUUGGUCAGCCUGGGGGCCAUGUACAUUUGAAAGCUGUGAUGACCAACAAGCCAAAAAGGGAUUUAAACUAAGAAAACGUCGCAUCACUAAUGAACCAACCGGGGGAACUGGCAACUGCCCUCAUCUGGUUGAAGCCAUCCCAUGUGAAGAACCUUCUUGCUAUGACUGGAGAAUAGUACGAUUGGAAGAGUGCAUUCCUGACAAUGAGAAGGAAUGUGGGCCUGGUACACAGAUCCCCCAAGUGGUCUGCAUCAACAGUGAUGGAGAAGAGGUUGACAGACAGCUGUGCCGAGAUGCCAUCUACCCAGUCCCCAUCGUCUGCGAAGUUCCAUGCCCAAAGGACUGUGUACUCAGCACAUGGUCUGGUUGGUCCUCCUGCUCUCACACCUGCUCAGGCAAAACCACAGAAGGGAAACAGAUGCGUGCCCGCUCCAUCUUGGCAUACGCAGGUGAAGGUGGACUUCAGUGCCCAAACAGUAGUAUGCUGCAGGAAACCCGCAACUGCAAUGAACAUCCUUGUACAGUGUACUACUGGCAGACAGGAGCCUGGGGCCAGUGCAUAGAGGAUGUCUCUGUGUCAGCCUUCAACUCUUCUGCUGGUUGGAAUGGGGAGGCUACUUGUGCGGUUGGGAUGCAGACAAGGAAAGUCAUCUGUGUGAGGGUCAACGUGGGACAAGUAGGACCAAAAAAGUGUCCUGAAAGCCUUCGCCCUGAGACUGUUAGACCUUGCUUGCUACCCUGUAGGAAAGACUGCAUUGUGACGCCUUACAGCGACUGGACUCCAUGCCCUUCAUCCUGUCAAGAAGGGGGUGUUGCGGUAACAAAACAAUCUCGACAUCGAGUCAUAUUGCAGCUCCCUGCCAAUGGUGGUCGUGAUUGUCCAGAUACUUUAUACGAAGAAAAGGAUUGUGACCCACCUCCUGUCUGCUUGUUUUACAGAUGGAAGACACACAAGUGGCGCAGGUGUCAACUCGUACCGUGGUAUGUUCGUCAGGACAGCCCUGGUGCCCAGGAGACAUGUGGUCCUGGUCUACAAGCAAGAGCAAUUACUUGUCGAAAACAAGAUGGCGGACAAGCUGACAUUGGUGAAUGCCUUAAGCAUGCAGGCUCAUUACCACCCUUAACACAACCCUGCCAGAUCCCUUGCCAAGACGACUGUCAAUUAACCAACUGGUCAAAGUUCUCUUCUUGCAAUGGGGAUUGUGGAGCAGUAAGAUCAAGAAAGCGCAUUCUGAUUGGGAAAAGUAAGAAGAGGGAGAAAUGCAAAAACCCACAGCUGUAUCCGCUGAUAGAGACCCAGUUCUGUCCAUGUGACAAGUAUAACGCCCAGCCUGUGGGGAAUUGGUCCGACUGUAUUUUACCUGAGGGCAAAGUGGACAUUUUGCUUGGAAUGAAAGUGCAAGGAGACAUCAAGGAAUGCGGCCAAGGCUACCGCUACCAAGCCAUGGCUUGCUACGACCAGAACAGUCGGCUCGUUGAAACAUCACGAUGCAACAGUCAUGGGUAUAUUGAAGAAGCCUGCAUCAUUCCAUGCCCCUCAGAUUGCAAACUCAGUGAGUGGUCCAACUGGUCUCGCUGCAGUAAGUCCUGUGGCAGUGGAGUCAAAGUCAGGUCUAAAUGGCUCCGGGAGAAGCCCUACAAUGGUGGAAGGCCCUGCCCCAAGUUGGAUCAUGUCAAUCAGGCUCAGGUCUACGAAGUAGUCCCAUGCCAUAGUGACUGCAGCCAGUACAUUGGGGUCACUGAGCCGUGGAGUGUAUGCAAAGUGACGAAUGUGGACUUAAAGGAGAAUUGUGGUGAGGGCGUGCAAACCAGGAAAGUGAGAUGCAUGCAGAACACCGUGGAUGGUCCUUCUGAGGUUGUUGAGGAUUACCUGUGUGACCCAGAAGAGAUGCCUAUUGGUGCUAGGAAAUGCACCUUGCCAUGUCCAGAGGACUGUGUCAUGUCUGAGUGGGGCCAAUGGUCUUGGUGUUCCUUGCCAUGUGAUGGAAGCAGUGUGAGAGAGCGGUCCGCAGAAGUUAUGAGACAACCUCAGGAAGGGAAAUCCUGUCCUCCCACUGUGGAGAUAGAGCCUUGCAGUCUGAACAAAAAUUGUUACCACUAUGAAUACAAUGUGACAGAUUGGAGUACAUGCCAGCUGAGUGACAAAGCUGUCUGUGGCAAUGGGAUCAAAACAAGAAUGCUUGAUUGUGUUCGCAGUGAUGGGAAGUCAGUUGACCUGAAGUACUGUGAAGAGCUUGGCUUGGAAAAGACAUGGCACAUGAACACAUCCUGCACAGUGGAAUGUCCUGUGAACUGUCAGCUUUCUGACUGGUCUCCGUGGUCUGAAUGUUCUCAGCCCUGUGGCCUUGCUGGAAAGAUGAUACGGAGAAGAACUGUUAUUCAACCCUUCCAAGGUGAUGGGAGACCUUGUCCUUCACAAAUGGAGCAGUUCAAACCUUGCCCAGUAAAACCUUGUUAUCAGUGGCAAUAUAGUGAAUGGGCUGAAUGCAAAGUUGAGGAUGCCCAGUGUGGAGAAGGGACAAGAGCAAGAAACAUUUCCUGUGUGGUUUAUGAUGGAUCCACCAAUGAUAUUGGCAAAAUUGUUGAUGAAGAAUUUUGUGGGGAAAUAGAACCUGUUGUGGAUGGCAGUAAGAAAAUUGUACUUGAGGAGACCUGUACCUUGCCCUGCCCAGGUGAUUGUUACUUAAAAGACUGGUCAGAUUGGAGCCUUUGUCAGUUGACGUGUGUCAAUGGUGAAGACCUUGGCUUUGGAGGAAUACAGGUCCGGUCGCGAGCAGUCAUCAUUCAAGACCUGGAAAACCAACAUCUCUGCCCAGAACAAGUGUUAGAAACAAGAGAAUGUGAUGAUGGCCAGUGUUAUGAAUAUGAAUGGCUGGCCAGCCCUUGGAAAGGAUCUUCUCGGAGAGUAUGGUGCCAAAGGUCAGAUGGCUUGAAUGUUACAGGAGGCUGCUUAAUGAUGCACCAGCCAGAUGUUGACAGGUCAUGUAAACCACCCUGCAGCCAACCCCAUUCUUACUGUAGUGAGACCAGAACAUGCAUUUGUGAAGAAGGGUACACAGAAGUCAUGUCCUCUAAUGGCACACUUGAGCAAUGCACUCUCAUCCCAGUGGUAGCCAUACCCACGGUGGAGGACAAAAAGGGUGAUGUAAAAACCAGUCGUGCUGUGAACCCCACACAGCCAUCCAGUACCCAAGCAGGACGAGGAAGAACUUGGUUCCUGCAGCCUUUUGGACCAGAUGGGAAGUUGAAGACCUGGGUUUAUGGUGUAGCUGCUGGUGCAUUUGUUUUGCUCAUCUUUAUUAUUUCUAUGAUCUAUCUAGCCUGCAAAAAGCCAAAGAAGCCUCAGAGAAGACAGAACAACCGUCUGAAACCUUUAACCCUGGCUUAUGAUGGAGAUGCGGACAUGUAAAAUAAUGACUUCCCUUUGACUUCACUCUCCUGGAACCACAGCAUUUGAAAACAGCAUAUACGUUGUGUAUAUUACAGAGCGAAAGUUACACGGCAAGACAAAAAAAAA